AUGGAUAACACAACUAGUUAUGUUAACCUUUUGUAUAGUCAAAGUUCAAUUGACCUUGAAUCACCCGAACAUGUUUGGUUCGGUAGCCAAGGUCCUGAUGAAUCUGUUGUCGAGUAUGCUGUCAAGGAGAGGAGAAAAUGGUCUCUGAAAGAGGAUAAAAUCCUUAUUGGUGCUUGGCUUAACACCAGUAAAGAUCCUGCUGUCGGCAAUGAGCAGAAAGCCGUACCUAGAGAGCUUGGUCAGUGCAAGCAGAGGUGGGCUACGAUCAACGAGCAAGUCUGCAAGUUUGUUGGAUGCUACAAUGCGGCUCUGAGGGAGCAGAAAAGUGGUCAAAAUGAUGAUGAUGUGAUGAAAGCUGCGCUAGACUAUUUCUUCAAUGCUUACUCCUUCAAGUUCAGCCUCGAACAUGCCUGGAGGGAGCUGAGGAAUGACCAGAAAUGGUCCUCCACCUAUCUGCCUAAGGACGUUGGGAAGGAAAAGCGCAAACAUGUGUUGGAGGUUGAUACAGAAGAUGAAGUGGGAGAACUGGAGGGUAGAUCUGUUGGGGUCAAGGCUGCUAAAGCUUCUACUAAGAGGAAGAAGAGUGGUAAAGAAGAGGAGUUGUCACAGUUACAAGCCAUCAUGGAAGUGAAAUAA